GUCGGAAGGAGGAAGUUGAACAUUCAACGACAGAUGUGAAUUUUGCAAUUUAUCAAUGUCGUAAACCAAAAUUGUUGCAUUUAUUAUUAUAUGCAGAUGGAGGUUUCCGAUGCAUAUUUUCUAUUGAAUAUAUUAAACUAUG